UUGUUAACAGCGACGAAACCACGAGAAGUGCUGUGCUCCUGAAUGGUGGAAACCCUGAGGAGAAGCCUCGUGCUGCUCAGCCAUGUCUCUGCCCUUCCGCAAAGAGCUGGAGAAAUACAAGAAUAUCAACGAAGAUGAAAUACUCAGUAAACUCUCGGAGGAUGAACUGAAACAGCUAGAACAUGUUCUGGACGACCUUGAUCCUGAGAACGCCUUGCUGCCCGCUGGCUUCCGACAGAAGGACCAGACCACUAAAGCUGCCACCGGCCCCUUCGACCGGGAGCGGCUCCUCUCAUACCUGGAGAAGCAGGCGCUGGAGCACAAAGACAGAGAAGACUUUGUGCCCUUUACAGGGGAGAAGAAAGGAAAAAUAUUUAUCCCUAAAGAAAAGCCCAUAGAAACUCGUACAGAAGAGAAGGUAACCUUGGAUCCAGAACUAGAAGAAGCCCUGGCCAGCGCAUCAGACACUGAGCUCUAUGACCUUGCAGCUGUUCUUGGUGUGCACAACAUGGUCAACAACCCCAAAUUUGAUGAAGGAGGAGCCCGCAGUAAAGAUGGAAAAGGAAGUGUGAGAAAUGUGGUCAAAGGUGAGAAGGUCAAGCCCAUUUUUGAGGAGCCACCUAACCCAACCAACGUGGAAGCAAGUCUGCAAAGGAUAAAAGCAAAUGAUCCUAGUCUCAUAGAAGUUAAUCUGAACAACAUAAAGAAUAUUCCUAUUCCAACACUCAAAGAAUUUGCAAAAGCUCUGGAAAGCAACACCCACGUGAAGACAUUCAGCCUUGCAGCUACCCGAAGCAAUGACCCUGUAGCUAUUGCAUUUGCAGAUAUGUUGAAAGUGAACAAAACACUGAAGAGUCUGAAUGUAGAAUCCAAUUUCAUCACUGGGACGGGUAUUCUGGCACUGAUUGAUGCCCUAAAAGAGAACGAAUCYCUGACAGAGAUUAAAAUUGACAACCAGAGGCAGCAGCUGGGCACAGCUGUAGAGAUGGAGAUUGCCAAGAUGCUGGAAGAGAACUCCAGGAUUCUCAAGUUUGGAUACCAGUUCACAAAGCAAGGGCCAAGGACCAGGGUGGCAGCAGCUAUCACUAAAAACAAUGAUCUGGUCCGUAAAAAGCGAGUGGAAGGGGAGCGGCAGUAGCCACGUCCGAGGGGGUGCAACGUGCCGGGAGGCAGCCAGCAACUGCAGUCUCACCGCUCAGAAGGGAAGGCACUGGAAAACCACUGUAAUGGGAGUUGCUCAUUUCCGUUAAUGUCUCCUCUUAAUCUUGAAAAUGCAGCCUGGUCAUUUUUACCUUUUAGUUAAUUCAACUUUUAUGAGAAGAAUUGAUYGUUGGUUUGAUAUUURUGAAAAAAAAAUGUUUUACAGUAUCUGAAGCCAAUAAGCAGAAUGUUACAGUGUUACUGGCUAUGAUAUAUGGUGACAUUGACCUUUAUGCUAGACACUUUUUGCCAUGUUAAAAUAUAAUCUUGUGUAUGGAUAAGGAAUACUCUGCUUAAAAUGGAAAUUCUAGGGCCAAGUCCUGCAAUGCCUUAUGUUUUUUGAAUCAUCCAAGCUCAUGUCUGUAGUCCUGGGAAUGCCGCGGGCCUCGCUCCUGCUCCCCACGCCGCACUGCAGGAGCUCUGCGCUCCCGGAGCCCUGUUACCUCGCACGGUCCCUGCCCACCCGCGCUGCAGAGCAGGACCUCGCCUAGGGGUAAGGCACUGUCAAAACCUACUUGUUUACAUAAGCUGAGGUGGCUCAUAACAAUGUUACACUGAUUGCUUAGCCUAACUCCACAAUGGAAGGUAGUAUUAGUGUUGCCAAUUCUAGACACCUUCAAUGUUAGCUUUUUUUCUAGUCCAGUGGUUUUUUAUUUCUUACUAGAACGUACAGUUUACAGCAAUAUUUGCUUUGCUUUGAGCCAUGUGUUUGACCUUUUUCAGUUCUGCUAUUUAUGUGCAUUUGUUAGUGUCAUAGAACUCAGGAUCUUUUAGAUGAACAUUAGUUAAGUAGUUAAUCCAGGAGAGCAGCUGUGCCACCAAGGAAAAAACAUAGAAUCAUAGUUGUACCAACUCCCUGUCCUUCAUUUAUAGGGACCAGUUCAGGUUUGUCCUUGUAUCAUAAAGCACUUAGGUAUUUGCAUCAGGACUUAGCUGAAUCAGGGCAGAUUUAAGCAUAUGCACAAAUGCUUUGCUAAAUCAGGGCCUUAACUCAGUUCCUGUACAUGUUCUAAAGCCAGUGGAAAACGCUUGUGAAGCAGCAGCUAACCCCAAUGCUCAACAGCAUUAAAAUUUUAGUAGGGAUUUAGUACAUAAUGUUUUAUUUUAUAUAUUUCACAGUAUAAACCAUUAUUCUCUACCACUGCUUUAUCACUGCCAACUAUUGUCUCUGGUGAACAUCCAGAGGUUCCUUUUGGUUAAAAUUAAACAUACUGAAAGAGUUUAUGAGAAAAAAAUAAAGAAAGAAGAAAGAAGAAGAAAUCCUCCCACUGUGCCUUUUGUAAGGAAACGAGCAGGUCCACAGCAGCACCGUUCCUGUGGGAUUUGGAUCUUCAUACUUUAGCCCUAACUAAAUAAUGUACACCCAGAUACCACUUAAAAUAAUUUGCUAAAGUGGUCUGCUGAAUUGUCUGAAGUACAGUAUCCACAAUUUAUUUCACCGGAGAGCUCCCACGUCUUAGAGUUUCUAUUUCUUCCUCAGAUUGAGGCUAAUACCUUUUGCUUCACAAGUGAAAAACACAACACAUGAGGAGUCUUGCUGAGACUUUCCCUAGACUCGUGAAAGGUUUGCUGUGAAAAGCCUUGAUAUUCCAYUAAAAAAAUUCAGGUUCUGUAAGAGUCCUAACUCUGCAUGGUCUUAGUUAAGAAGCCUCAUCUCCAAAGCCAAAUGAUUUUGGAUGCUAACAAAAUUCAGUGAUUAUAAUCACAUUACAAAUAUUUUCCUCUCUUUUUUUGUUUUCAUCUAAACAGGCAAAUCCCAAGUCCCUAUGACCGUUCUUUUUUUUAAUGUAUUUUAAUAUUUUUUAUUAUUUCUUUUUAAAAAAAUGUUAUGUGUGUAUGUUCAAGGGAAACAAGUGCAAUCCAUGUCUAGUCUUAAUUGCAAUUUAAAGUGUUGGUAUUUGCAUGCAGCAGUUCUGUAAGGCUGGACUGGUGCGGCUGCUCCAUGCUGCCUGCAGCAGGUGAUCCCGCACAGCUCUGCUCAGAGCCACACGAGUAGCUACGUUGUCGGGUGGCUCCAUCCCUGUCAGCUACAUCCCGGACCAAGGGAGCUGGCCUGGGGAGACCUSGUGGCUUUAUCUUCCCUUCGCUGGCCCCUCUCCACACAGACACUGGAUUCUUCUAAAUGGAGGAUUCCUCAGGCAGUUGAGCGCAGCAUCUCAAACGGCUGCCCUGCUCUGCACUCGGCGCGGCGCCUGGCACUGGGCACGCAUGAGGGGUCCCAAGCCCAGUCCCACUGGUUUGUGUGGCGGGAGCCGGCCUCCUCCRUCGUGUCCUCCCUCUUCUGCACAUUCCACACAAAGGCCAGGGCAUUCUCUGGCCUCAGGCAUCACCAGUCACUCGCUGCAGCAAUGCAAGGGUCUGCUCAGUGACAACAGCAGAUCAUCACCCUUAGUGGUGACAGCAACAGAGUUUCAUAUAAACUAUACCAUAGGAUGCUUUAGUUGGUUAAAAUCCCUGCAGCUGACAUGAAAGGCGUCAGGAUGUGACUAGCUCCUUUCAAAAUUCCACUUUCAAACAUCUGUUACACUUCCCAUUGAAUGGGACAUAGGGACACGAGUCCAUUUUUUCUUAAGCAAACAUUCAGGAGUAACUUCGUCUACUUUUGCACAUUGCUUCUCGUGUUGAYAGCUUUGGUUUGGUUUGUAUUUUUUAUACAUUUUUUUUCCACGGAAAAGCUCAACAUCGUGCAUGUCCUAACAUC